AUGGCCCCAAAGAAGCUCCCUACAUUCGAUGACUUGCCUUUGGACAAGAAUGGUCCUCCAGGUAAUGCAUGGGGUCUUUGGGGACCGGACGAUCAACUCGGUAGGCUCAACUUGCUUACAACAGAGACCGUACGGGCUGCAGCUAGUGAGAUAAGAGAAGGGAUCAGAAUAUCUUUGGACUGGCCACUUGACAAGCUCUCACAUCCCCCAUUCGGGAGACAAGCUCUUGAGCACCGAAUACUCAACCAAGCUCCCAUGACGAUGAACGACGAUGUUAUUACGUUGAAUACGCAGAGUAGUACACAGUGGGAUGGGUUCAGACACUAUGGAUAUCAAAGGACUGGACAGUUCUACAUGGGUCACAAACAGGAGGAAUUUGUUCCAGGGUCACAAUUUCUUGGGAUCGAUGCUUAUGCCAACAACGGCGGCAUCAUCGGCCGUGGUGUUCUCAUAGACUGGUACUCGUGGUCCCAACGCAACAACAUCUCCCUCUCCCCAUUUCAAACCAACGCCGUAGAAAUGUCUCACAUCCACGCUAUCAUCGCCGAAGAGAAAAUCGAGUUCUGCCAAGGCGACAUCCUCUUUAUCCGCGUCGGUUUCACGGCACACUACAACGCGCUCUCCCCCGAAGCACAAGAGAACUUUCCUAACCGCCAGCCCGGAGGUCUUUUGGGUCUUGAAGCUACUAAAGAGUCCCUGAGAUGGCUAUGGGAUAGCGGCUUCUCAGCUAUUGCUUCGGACGCGGCUGGCUUUGAAAGAGGCCCCGCGACGGGAGCGUAUAAUCAUCCUGACGUGAGUAUACACCAAUGGGCUCUGGCAGGAUGGGGAUUGCCAAUCGGUGAGCUCUUCGACUUGGAGGAGCUAGCAGAGAAGUGCAGGGAGAGAAAGCGCUGGACAUUCUUCUUGACGAGUAUUCCACUCAAGGUACCUGGCGGAGUUGCCAGUCCAGGAAAUGCAGUAGCAAUAUUAUAG